UAAACGCGCCAUCUGUUAUAAAAUUCUUUUUUCCGUUGAACAGAAAGGUAGCAAGAUCUUUUCCUAAUUGCAACCAUGUCGGAAGAAAAAAAAGACGUUGUUGAAGCGAAAAAGCUUCCAGUAGUACCAGAAUCGGUACUUAAAAAGAGGAAACGGCGUGAAGCGGUUAAAGCUACACGUUUACAAACAUCCAUUAAGCAACGUGCAAAUCGUUAUAAAAAGCGCAAGGUUAUUUUCAAAAGAGCGGAAAAUUAUGUUAAGGAAUACCGAACAAAAGAACGAGAUGAAAUUAGGUUGAUCAGACAAGCUAAGAAUCGAGGAAAUUAUUACAUUCCUGGUGAAGCCAAAUUAGCAUUUGUUAUACGUAUUCGUGGUGUUAAUCAAGUUGCGCCAAAAGUACGUAAAGUACUUCAACUCUUCCGUUUGAAACAAAUUAACAAUGGUGUUUUCGUAAAACUGAAUAAGGCCACCAUAAAUAUGCUUCGCAUUGUCGAACCUUAUAUUACUUGGGGAUAUCCAAACUUGAAAUCAGUUAGAGAAUUGAUUUACAAACGCGGUUUUGCUAAAAUAAAUCGCCAACGUAUCCCUAUAACAAGUAAUAAUAUUAUAGAAAAAAAACUUGGUCGUUCAGGCAUUAUCUGUAUGGAAGACCUGAUACAUGAAAUAUUUACUGUAGGAUCAAAGUUCAAAUACGCAAGCAACUUUUUGUGGCCAUUCAAGUUAAAUACUCCUAAUGGUGGAUGGAGAAAGAAGACCAAUCACUACGUAGAAGGAGGUGACUUCGGAAAUCGCGAAGACAAAAUCAAUGAGCUUCUCAGGAGAAUGGUUUAAAUUUAUAAUCUUAAUUAAUAAAUCAAAUCUCUCUCGCUUAUUAUCAAUAAA